AGUAACCUUAACUAAAACUUAAGUUUACCAUUUACAUUAAGUUGUUUUUGUUAAAUUUGAUCAAAAUUCACAUAAUAUAAGCCGUUUUGUAGUCUUUAUCUCAAAUUUAUUUAAUCUGAUGCCUUUUAUUCACCCUUCCUAAUCUAUCAAUAAUAUGGCCGAAGUAUACAAACUCAUUCAUCCAGUAAAAUACUUUAAUGAUUAUAUUAAUCGAAAUGUGCGACCUGACGGUAGGAAAUUUGAUGAUCAACGUGACAUAAAGCUCAAUGUUAACGCAAUAAAGUCGGCCGAUGCCUCGGCUGUUGUAAAAUGUGGAAAUACUACUGUCGUCUGCGGCAUUAAAUUGGAAUUAGCAAAACCUAAAGCAGAGGAACCCGAAUUAGGCUUUUUCGUUACCAAUGUAGAACUUUUACCACUGUGUUCCUCUAAAUUCCGGCCAGGACCACCUUCAGACCAUGCCCAAGUUGUUAGCAAUGUAGUUUCUGAUAUAUGUAUAAACUCAAAAUCUGUUAAUUUAAAAGAAUUGUGUAUUGUGCCUGACAAGUUAGCUUGGGUAGUAUAUUGUGAUAUGGUAUGCUUAGAUAAUGAUGGAAGUAUAGUUGAUGCUUGUAUAAUAACCUUAAUGACAAGCUUAAAAUCAUUGACAUUACCAAAAGUGAAUUAUGAUGUAGAAACAGAGGAAAUUGUGGUAGAUACAAGUGUUAGGAUGCCAUUAAACAUUACUGGCCUGCCUAUUGCUACAAGUUUUGCAGUUUAUCAGCAAUCUCCAAGGAGUAUAGUAUUGAUCGAUCCUUCAGCAGAUGAAGAAGAAAUGUGUGGUGGUGUUGGAGCAAAUUUAAUAAUUUGUUGUAAUGAUGAACAGUUUUGUGGAAUUCAAAAGUUUGGUGGCAGUAAUCUUUCAACUGAAGCUGAGAAAAAAACAUUAGCAAUAGCAAAAGAGAGAAGUAAACUUGUUGAAAAAGUUAUUGAGACAUGUUUAAUAAAUGAAAUAAAAUAAUUUACAAAA